AUGGCUAUCUCAGCCUUCAAGAGGGGUCUACUUCCAGAGGGAGACCUAUACAAGGAGCUGAUCAAAUACAAGUGCAGAAUUAUGGAAGACGUGCUGUGUCGUGCUUGGGCUCAAGUGAGAUGGGAAGAAGAUGUCGCUAGUAGGGCUAAAGCCGGUCCGAAGUAUGAUCAGAAGUUGUCAAAGCCUACAAGGAGUGACCACGACGAGCUUCCUCAUUCUAAGUCCGCUAGGGAGACUAGUAACCCGAAUAGGGGCAGGUAUCAGCAUCGACCUUUGCCUAGAUCCGAAGGGAUGAUGGUGUCUACCUGGCCUGACAUCUCCCAUCUUGCAAUAUCCAAACCAGAGCUGAUCGGUGUCUUACGACAAAUGGGUUCUCAAGUCAAGUGGCCUCCUAAGAUGAAGGCCGCGGAGGCUAAUCGAAAUCCCAAGCAAUGGUGCGAGUUCCAUAGUGAUCAUGGUCAUACUACGGAGGACUGCAUAGCCCUAAAGAUGGAAGUCGCCGAGCUCCUCAAGAAAGGUUACCUACGGGAGUUCCUCUCGGAUAAAGCCAAGAACCUUCUAAAUAAAGAGGGUCCCAGUCUCCCUAUCGAGGCAGCUCUUGCAUUGCCACCACAGCAAGACCGAGUGAUCCACGUCAUCACAGGCGGAUCAGAGGUGAGCGGAAUUAGCAGCGCCGCAGCCAAGAAAAGUACUCGCAAUGCCAGGAACGGCCAAGAUGUUGAGGGUCCCAGGCGCCUGCUCCUUGGAAUAGAUGAGAUCAGUUUCACUGCAAGGGAGCAGGAGAAGGUCCUCGCCCCUCAUCAUGACGCUCUCGUCAUUUCACUUACCAUAGCAAACUGCUUGGUCAAGUGGAUACUAGUAGAUAAUGGGAGCUCCAGCAACAUAAUCUUUUAUUCGGCCUUCGCCGAUCUGUGUUUGGAACCUACAGCUCUAACCAGAAAGGCAACCCCCCCUCGUAGGCUUCAGUGGAGAAGUCAAACAAACCUUGGGGAGGUUCUUCUUCCUGUGUAUGCCGAAGGGGUAAACCAAGCCACAAAGUUCCUGGUCGUUGAUUGUCCCUUAUCAUACAACGUGAUAUUGGGAAGGCCAUGGAUCCAUGACAUGGGAGCCGUACCUUCAACUUUGCACCAGCUGGUCAAGUUCCCAACCCCUUGGGGCAUCAGAGCAGUUAACGGGGAUCAAGAGAAUGCUAGGUCUUGCUAUUAG